GGAAGACUCGCUGCAUACCAAUGACUCCUAACGCGGUUGAUUUUAAUGUUGCCGUCAACGAUGACUGCUAUCAGCUUCCUGCAUCGGUCACUACUAAUAUAUAUUCAAGUCGUUGAUGCAAGAGGUUCCUUUCUGGGUCCUGAAGCAAGUACCCAGUGGACCUUUUAAUACCACAUUGAGAAGUUUCUGCGGAGUCGCGUUGGAGAUCAAAGAAAAAUUGUGAGCUCAAACUUACGUUUGAUGCCCCAGCAAGUUGCCAUCGUAUAUGAAUGCGUUGCAGCUAGUCUUGGGAAAUUGCUGUGCACCUGCCUCCGUAGUGUGUAUAUAUGUAAACCAUGAUUCGGAAAUUGAAUUUAAUGAGAAUAAAAUUUUGUGCAGAAAGAUGAAUACCUCAAUAAAGAAAAAAAUUAUAAAUUAAAACAACAAUAUAUAGAAUCCUUACAUGUACAGGAAAGAUUAUCGUCCCAGAAACUCUUUGUGAUGAAUAUUUGGCCGUUUGAGCUGUAUACAGAAAGAGAGGUGUUGCCAUCUUUGAUGCUAGUCCUACAGCACGCAGUAACCAAAGACAACUACUCUGGUUGCCUCGAUGAGCUCCACCCCAUCUCUGCUCUUCUACCUGAUCAGCCUCCUCUUCCUUUCCUCUCCCGCCGUUGCCACACAAGUCUGCAGCACAAGUGCCGGUAAAUUUACCGCCAACGGCACGUACGAGUCCAACCUCAACCUCCUCCUCUCCUCCCUCAUCUCAAAUGGUUCCGCUUCUGGCUUCUUCACCGACACCGUCGGACGGAUGCCCAACCAAGUUCAAGGCCUCGUCCUUUGUCGUGGUGACACAAAGGCCACCACAUGCAGUUCCUGCCUCAGCACCGCCGGUGUGGAGAUUCUCCAGCUCUGUGCCAACGACAAGGAUGCUGUGGUUUGGUAUGACGACUGCCACCUCCGCUAUUCCAACCUGCAGUUCCUCGGCACCUUAGACAACGAUCCGGAGAUGCCCGUGGCAAGCGAGUACCAAGUGUACGACGAAACGGAUCGGUUCAACAAGGUGGUGAACGAGUUGAUGAACAGUACGGCGGAUUGGGCGGCGUACAACUCGACGAAGAGGUAUGCGACUGGGCUGGCGAUCAACGCGACACACGCGUUUCCAAAUAUAUAUGGCCUGGCGCAAUGCACUCCGGACAUGUCGGCGAGUGACUGCAGGCAAUGCUUGGAGGGAGUGUCACAGGGUCUCCCGAUGGGGAGAUUGAUAGCUGAAAAUCUGGGAGUGAGGUGCAAUUUAAGGUACAAAGUUGGCCCCUUCUUCGAAGGCAACCCCAUCAUAAGGCUUGUUUCCGCCGUGACGAAUGGAACAACGCCUGCGGAGAAUGCCACAACUCCGGCUUCUGCUCCAGCAUCGCAGCCAUCUCUCGGUUCAACCAGCAAAGAAGGAAAAAAGAAAACAAUUCUAGCAAUUUCGAUAUCUGCGGUGAGCGCAGUACUGCUAAUCCCCAUUAUUUACAUUUGCUACAGGAGGCUGAGGAAGCAGACAUCGAAAUCACCUUAUGGGACUGAAUCGGAGCAGGCCACACAUGUUGAGUCAUUACUAUUUCAUAUUUCUGCACUACGAGCUGCAACAGCCAACUUCUCGGAAGAAAAUAAACUCGGAGAAGGUGGUUUCGGAGCAGUUUACAAGGGAGUGCUCCCAGACGGACGAGAAAUCGCAGUGAAAAGGCUGCUGAACUCCGGGCACGGACUUGGAGAGCUUAAAAAUGAGUUGGUUUUGGUCGCUAAGCUCCGGCAUCGAAAUCUUGUAAAGCUUCUGGGAGUUUGCUUGGAGGAAGAGAAGAUGAUUGUCUAUGAAUACGUGCCUAACACAAGCCUCGACAACUUUCUUUUUGAUCCUGUCAGAGGCAAACAACUAAACUGGGGAACUCGACACAAGAUCAUUCAUGGGAUCGCUCGAGGACUGCUCUAUCUGCACGAGGAAUCUCAACUAAAAAUCGUACAUCGGGACAUAAAAGCCAGCAACAUCUUGUUAGAUGCAGAGAUGAACCCCAAGAUCACAGAUUUUGGUUUUGCAAAGCUUUUUGACGUUGACCAGACUCAAGCCACCACCAAUCGAGUUGUGGGCACUUUCGGAUAUAUGGCACCAGAGUAUGUGAUGCAUGGCAAGUAUUCGAUCAAAUCAGAUGUAUUCGGCUUCGGUGUUUUGGUUUUGGAGAUUUUGACUGGAAGAAAAAGCAGCGGUUCCUAUAAUCCUGAGGUUACCGAAGUCCUUCUAAGCUAUACAUGGGAGAAAUGGCGGGGAGGAUCGGCCUUAGAGAUCGUAGAUCCAACCUUGGGUGCUCACUACCAACGAAGCGACCUAUUAAGAUGCAUGCAUAUUGGGCUAUUAUGUGUUCAAGAAAAGCCGAACGAUAGGCCAACUAUGUCAACAGUGGUUGUGAUGCUAAAUAGUGAGACUGUCUCUCUCCGAGCUCCUUCACGGCCUGGAUUUUAUCUGGGAAAUGGUGGCAGGAAUGCAAACUUCAAUCCGAGUAACUCCAAUCAUCCAAUCGGUACAUCUGACCGAGGAAGUAAGUCAUGUCCAAUGUCAUCAAACGAAGUUUCAAUCACAGAAAUGGAACCUCGAUAGAAAUGGAAGGACAAUGUUAAUAUUUCUUCAACCACAUAGCCACGUACGCAUGUGAAUGUAAGGAUUCUUAUUCCUAUUUUUUGGUGUCAUUGUCGCACAAGAGAAUUACACAUUCGUAGAGCUAAAGUUUGAUUGUUAACAUAUAUAGCUUAAUUUUGCGAGUGGGCUUACUAAAUUGUGUACUCAUAGAAGUAUGUUCGGCGAAAUUCGUCGAAUAGGCCAACCAUGUCGAUAAUAGUUGUGAUGUUGAACA